AUGCCGCUUUUCCGCCCCUUCGUGCCCUACCAUGUGUCUGCUGGCCAGACCAAAGUCGUAAAGUUCGGCGGCCUUCUGACCACGGAAUUUCUGGAGCCGCCACCGGGUCGGUGCUUCCUCUUCCGGCAGACAUACAAACACACGGUCGAGGGCGAAAUUCCGGAGAACCUGCGGCGGCUGAUCGAUUCUCCCGAGCGGCCCAAGGGCCCGCUGCUCCACUUCCAUCAGUUCCAGUCCGAGUACUUUCGCGUCGAGUCCGGCGUCAUGGGCAUCGAGGUCGACGGCGUCCACAAGAAGGUCUACCCCGAGGAUGGCGAGAUCUCCGUCAAGGCGGGAAGCGUGCACCGCUUUUAUAUCCACCCGGACUCGCCUGGCGAGAUGACGGUGUAUCUGAGCGCCUCCGACAGCGGCAUGGACUACCAGCUCGAUCGCAUCUUCUUCGAGAACUGGUACGGCUACUGGCACGAUGCGCUGCUGCACGACGGGAAAUUGAACUUUAUCCAAUAUUUGGCCAUCCAAGAUGGUGGCGACGCGUACUCGGUGCCGCCAAAGUGGGUGCCGUUCCGCCGCUUCAUCGGAUACUGGGGGAGCGUUGCUCUCGGUCGCUGGCUUGGUGGCCUGCUGGGGUACAAGCCUUUCUUCAAGGAGUACACUACCGAUUGGGACUACGCCGUGGCCAAGAUGAAAGGCUCGUGGUUCCAGCGCCACCUGGUUGAGGAGUCGUACAGCAAGGCCAAGCCGUGGGAGGAGCAGGUCGCUCUCGACCAAGGCAAGCCUUUGAAUGCCGAGUACGAGCAGUGGACGGUUGAUCUGACCGAGCAACCGCUGCUCACAAAUGAAUAUUUGAGGCCCAUUGACUUCAAGCAUGGCAUCCUAAGGGCGAUGGAGCAUGAGUAUCAGUUCAAGGCUUUUCAUGCUACACAUGCGGUCGGAGAAGCUGGAGUCCGGAAACAGCUAGGCUUCAUACUCCGAUAG